AUGGCCAGCAACACAGCCAAGACCAUGCAACUCCUUCAUUUGGGGAGCAUGCUCAAUUUGUUUCCCGUGCUGCUCCUCAUCUCCUUCGGCUUUGUACUAGGCAAGAUUGGCAGCGCAACCUUCUCCCCAGAAUCCUACCUCCCUAAUUUCCGAGCACUGUCGCCAACCCCAGCAUCGAAAAAAGCAUGUGUCAAGCUGCCGACGUUUAUGGAGUCCGGGCGCUUGACGGCGAGCAGUGGUGGUCCGAUGCACAACAUGACCGACGAGGAGCUCCUGUGGAGGGCGUCCAUGGAGCCUAGGCGGUCCACCCAGGUGUCGACCGUGCCCAAGGUCGCCUUCCUCUUCCUGGUGCAAGGGGCCCUGCCAUUGUGGCCGUUGUGGGAGAUAUUCUUCAACGGACAGGAUAAAGAGCUGUAUUCCAUCUACGUGCACGCAAGUCCCGGCUACACCGACUUGGCCCCUAAGGAGUCCGUCUUCUACGGCCGCCUGAUACCAAGCCAGGGCACGAAAUGGGGCGACAUGAACCUGGUGGACGCGGAGCGGCGGCUCCUGGCGACGGCGCUGUUGGACCUUGGGAACGCGCGGUUCGCGCUCUUCUCGGAGUCGUGCAUCCCGCUCCUGGGCUUCCCAGCCGUAUACGCCCACCUCACUGGCGGCUCCAACACCAAUGUUAGCUUCGUCGACAGCUACCCCAUCAAAGAGCGACAUGACCCCUUCUUCGCCGACCGCAACAUCAGCCUCGCGCAGUGGCGCAAGGGGUCCCAGUGGUUCGAGAUGGACCGGACCACCGCUGUCGAGGUCGUCGCCGAGGAACGGUGGUACGCCGUGUUCCGGGGAGACCACGGCAUGCUGAACAUGGAGGAGCACUACUUGCCGACGCUGGUGACCCUGCUGCGCUGGGGCGCGCGGUGCAAGAACCGGACGCUCACGUACGUGGACUGGAGCACCCGGCGUGAGCACCCCAGAAGCUUCCCAGAGAAGGACAUCACGGCUGAGCUGCUCGAGGGGAUGAGACAAGGGGAUGGCAAGUGCGGGUACAAGUACCAUGGCGACGAUGACGGUGCCAGCGAGGUGGAGUUCUGCCACCUGUUCGCGCGUAAGUUCUCAAAGGACGCCCUGACAAAGCUGAUCCAGCUCGCGCCUGAGCUUUGGCUGGUCUGAUCCAGAUGCAUAUAGUACUCGCGCGUCCCUCCUGUUAGGCACA